CAGGGCGGCCAAACGGAUCGUCGUGGACUCUGACUGCUUCGUUCCCUCGCGAGCGCGUCCGGCUACCCCGGUCUAGUCCCCGUCGUCGAUACCCACCCCACUGGCUAAACUGCAUCACCGCCUCGCCCCCUUCCUCCUCUUCGGUGACGCUUCCCCUCCCCAGACCCUCCGUCCGGGUCGCUUACUCAUCUCUUGCUGUGAUCAUCAGAGACAUGAUACUUCAGUGCUGCACUUGAAGAUUUGACCCAUCGUGGUCCUAGUCCUGUUCUAUCUGCUGGUGCUAGGCAGACUGAAUGGCUUUCCGAGAGGAGAGAUAUGUGAGGUUUCAUGACUGGAGGUCAGAGUAUUCUGUCGGUUCAGAUAAGAUAGUUUCAGAAGGAAGGCAUACUGCAUUUGACUCACUAAAGGAUAAGACUCUAGGAGCCUUCUCAUUCUUAGGGAACAGUUCACGCCCUGAAACCCUGAACAAAUCAACACCAGAGGAAAGGAAGGCCAAAACAAGAGUUCUUGAUCCUCAAGGGCCAUUUUUGCAAAGAUGGAACAAGAUAUUUGUGAUAUCAUGUCUAAUUGCAGUUUCUGUGGACCCACUAUUCUUUUAUAUCCCAGUGAUCGAUGGUGUCAAGAACUGCCUAUAUCUGGACAAAAAGUUGGCAACCAUUGCAAGUAUCCUGCGCUUCUUCACAGACAUCUUCUAUUUGCUCCAUAUAAUAUUUCAGUUCAGAACAGGAUUUGUUGCUCCUUCCAGAGUAUUUGGUCGAGGUGUCUUGGUUGAAGACACCUUUGCAAUAGCAAAGCGGUAUCUAACUACAUACUUUCUGAUUGAUUUUUUAGCUGUUAUGCCCCUCCCUCAGGUUUUUGUAUUGUUAGUGCUACCCCAUCUCAAAGAUUCCAAGGUUAUGGAGGCAAAAGAUAUACUGAUGGUUAUUGUUACAUGUCAGUACGUGCCUCGGCUCGUUCGAAUAAUACCACUCUACCUUCAAAUCACAAGGUCGGCUGGCAUAAUUACAGAGACCGCAUGGGCUGGUGCUGCUUUUAACCUUUUAAUUUAUAUGCUCGCUAGCCAUGUGUUUGGAGCCCUUUGGUACCUUCUUUCCAUUCAGCGAGAAGAUACCUGCUGGAGAAAAGAAUGUGGCAAGAUAAACUGUAACUUUGCAUCUUUAUAUUGCGGGAGUAAUACAGCUAGAGACAAUAUUUUCCUGCAAAAUGUCUGUCUGACAAAUGGCAGCGACGAUAUAGACCCAACCUUUGGAAUUUACCUACCGGCUCUCCGAACUGUUUCACAAUCGACGAGUUUCUUUGAGAAAUUUUUCUAUUGCUUUUGGUGGGGUCUGCAAAGUCUAAGCUCUCUUGGUCAAAAUCUGAAAACAAGCACUUACACAUGGGAGAAUUUGUUUGCUGUUUUUGUCUCGAUAUCGGGUUUAGUCUUAUUUGCCCUUCUUAUUGGUAAUGUGCAGGUAUGUAUUUACUAUGGAUGCCAACUUUUGUUGUUAUGUUUAUUGUUGGAUUAAGUGGUAAUGGCUGCA